AUGAAGGAUCCACUGAGGUCCUCUGUGUUGCUUCUUUGUCCGGCUCCUGAGGGUCUGCGCCGCACCGUCUUGUAUGAAGCUCUGGGAUGUUCAGGCUUGGACAUUGAACACAUCCCGGACCAGCUGAAGCUGCCACUCUGUGUGACCCGGUUCUGGUACCAGCAGAACCCCGACAGGUUCAACACGUCCUGCCUCCAGGCUCUGGUCCUCGGCUUCCUGCAAGGAAACACUGAUGGAGGCAGUGCGGUCCGGUCCACGCCGGGCGUGGUGGCUGCUCAGCGCCCCCUGCAGGCCAGUGCUGCUCAUGCCUUCAGCCGCUGGUUGACCUGCCUGAGGCAGAGCCUCCACCUGAACCAGCUGCUGUGCUUCCCUCUGCCAGAGCCGCACUGCUGCAGGCUGUACUGCGGUCCAUGGCUCCACCAGCUGCAGUACCAGCUGCUGUCCGAUGCCAACGCUUUCAGAGAGAGGAGGGAGCAGCUGCAGCACGGCGAGAGCGAGUCGCUGGACAGAGCCCUGAUUGUCACCCAGUCUGCUGGACAAGGGGCCCCGCAGGCGAUGACGGGAAGUAAACGCAGACGGAGGGAUUGAAACUGAGCGUUGACAGGAAGCUGGUGUUGCUCCCAGCAACCUGCUGCUCUGGUUUUAUGCUACUGUAAUGUGUGAAAUGAGUUUUUAAGCCUGAAUGUUGAAGUGAUGCGUUUUCUGUGGGAAUAUGGGUUUUAAAUAGGACGUUCUGCUCUGACGGCUGCAGCAGGCUGUUUGUUCUUUUAAACUAUAUUUUAUUUUAGCUGUUUUAAUGACAUAUUUAGCAAUGGUUUCUAUUUUUAUUCUAUAAAUUUAAAAAACUGAAUGAACCUUAAUAUUUUAGGUAAAGUUAGUCUGCAGGAAGAUCUCAGUUCAAUGAAACACUUUCAGGUCUGUCAGGCUGAUAAUUAUGUAUUUAUUAUGUGUUUAUCUGAUUAUCAUUUGGUUAUUUUCUGUUUAUUAUCAGAGAAUGAAUUCUAGUUCAUUAGUGAAUAUAUUUUCUGAAUGUUUCAUUGAAUCUGUUCUUGUUUUUUUAUCUUGUCCAGUAAAACUUGCUGAUGGUUUCCAGUAACUAUUACCUUAAUAAAGUUUUGACUGUUUA